AUGACAAGCGUGAAUCCGUCGUCUGCUGGGCAAUUCAAUGCCCGGUCUGGACAACCAUCACCCAAUCCACCAUCGCGACCAAACAGCCCGACUCAGCAGCAAAAGAAUAGUGGAAAACAUGGCGGCGGAGAACAACGAGCCAAUACCUCAAGCCAAAACGUUUCCGGCUGGGUCCCGCGACCCAAGCGGAUAGCAUGUGUUAUAUGCCGAAGAAGAAAGUUGCGAUGUGACGGGAAUAAACCAAGUUGUGGUACAUGUUCCCGUUUGGGGCAUGAUUGCGCCUAUGAUGAAGUCAGGAAAAAGAGUGGCCCAAAGAGAGGUUAUGUGAAGCAGCUGGAAGCAAGAUUAGCACAAGUCGAAACCUUGCUCCAAUCCCAAGAUUCUGGGGACGGCUCGCAAGUGGUGCCGGCAGUCAACCUCAAUCAUUCUACGUCUGCUGGCUUGGGUAAUAAUACAAGAGAUAUAUUCAGCACCUCGAACGAAAUAGAAGAUCCGCCUCCACUUCCUCUUGAAGCCUUCGGGGAAUUACCUUCCACUCAAGCUAACCUAGCGGAUAAUGAUGUUUCUCCUGGGGAACAUUUCUCGUGGGAGAUGAUUGGCUUGGGUUUAGAUGAGCCUUUCCCAGCACAAGAUGUCAUCGAUGAGCUCAACGAGAUAUAUUUUCAGAAAAUUCACCCAUCGCUACCAAUCAUACACCGGCCACGCUUUUAUGCAGCGAUGGAUCUUGCACCAACCAUGCGGCCACCCGUAUGUUUACGAUACAUGAUGUGGUGCCUGGCUAGCUCUGUUACGGAUGAAUAUCAGUCAUUACAUCCACAUUUCUAUCAACGUGCGCGGAAAUAUGCUGAGUUAGACCAAAUGAGAGGUCUUGGUGAAGCCAUGGUCAACGUUGCUCACUCUCAAACUUGGACUUUAAUUGCAUCUUACGAGUUCAAAAUGAUGUACUUCCCGCGCGCAUGGAUGAGCACUGGCCAUGCAACGAGGUUGGCUCUUAUGAUGGGUCUGCACCGUCAGGAUGGGAGUGGCUCCGAAAUAAAACAGUGUAUUCCACCUGCUCGGGACUGGACUGAGCUGGAAGAACGGAGAAGGACUUUUUGGGUAGCAUUCUGCCAAGACAGAUAUGCAAGCGUGGGCACCGGAUGGCCCAUGAUUGUCGACGAGAGAGAUAUUUUAACCAACCUCCCUUCUACGGAAGAAGCAUUCAUCAAUUGUAAAGUGGAGAAGACCUACACACUGUCGAGUGUUCUAGCCGGCGAAAACAUUUCGACGCUGUCUCCCCUUGGGGCUAUUGUUUUGCUAGCAUGUCUUUUUGGACGCAGUCUCCAUCAUCUCCAUCGCUCAACACCAGGCGAUAAGGACCACGAUUUGAAUGGUGGGUUCUGGAAAAGGCACCGCGCUUUAGACAACAUUCUUCUCAACACUUCUCUUUCAUUGCCUAGCCAUCUGCGAGUACCAGAAGGUAUCAAUGACAGUAGUAUUGUUUUCAUUAAUAUGUGUAUCCACACUUCCAUCAUCUGCCUUCACCAAGCAGCCAUAUUCAAAGCGGAGAAAAACGGCUUGCCUAGCCAAAUUGCGGCAGAAGGGAAGCGGCGGUGUAUAGUUGCGGCAGAUCAAAUAACCAGCAUCAUGAAGAUGGCUAGCCAUCUUGAUAUGGCAGCGAUGAAUCCGUUCCUCGCGUUCUGUCUAUAUGUGGCAGGCCGAGUUUUCUUGCAGUGCAUGAAGUCCAGAACAGAUGACGAAUCAGCACAUUCUUCCCUUCAGUUCUUACUAGUUGUCAUGAACGCUUUGAAGCGUAAAAAUCCCCUCACAGAAUCACUCAUCAUGCAGCUCGAUGCCGACCUUGAAGAAUAUGGUUUAGCCGGCAAAACCGGGAACCGCAAAUUCUCUUACGGUAUGCAUUUCGAAAGAACUUCGAUACCGAGAUCUGACUAUUGUUCGUCGUUUAAGGGAGUCUUUGAGCAAGCCGCACCACCACCAGGAACCCUCCUUACAUCCCCAUACGAUAUUACCACGAUCCCUGUGUGCCCCACUCUAUCCAAUCGUGAAAAGUCUCCCACUGGAUUUGCGCCAGCUGUUGGCAAUGAUAUCCAAAACCAGAUUAUAGAAACAAUCGCAUCAUUUAUAGUUCCAACUAAUGAUAACUUCAUAAAAUCGAUGGCUGUGGAUAUGGACGUUUCAACGGAGGCAAGCGUCACAAGUGAUCUCCGAUACUUGUCCUCCGAUAAUCCCACACCAGGGACAAACCCGUCAUCAAAUAGUUCGAUCUCACCACGCAAUAUAGAUCAACCCUCACCCCCCACCCAACAACUCCGCUACGACCAAAUGCAACCAUCUCAAAAACCAAAUCCCAAUAUGUAUCCCACCGAAAUCCCUACUUCGCAAUUCGAGCCCUUGCUGAGUAGCAACACUCAGCCUGCUUACGCAAACUACUUUACCCCAGGCAAUCCACCGGACACUCCUGGGUUGGAAAACCCGUUCGCUUUUACCACCGGGUGGGAUAUACCAAUUAACCAACCUCGAGACCCAAUCACGAUAACUACCUCAGAAGGGCUUGUUGAAGAAAUACAUGACCUCUCUACUAUGACAUGGGCUGUAGGAGCAGACAUUCUUUCCUGGGAAGACUAUCAGGUUAACCUGGAUUGA